AAAAUUUUUUUACUGCAACUAGUGUAUUAUAUAAUAUCUUAUACAAUAUUUCCUUUGUUUUCAAUUCCUUGGACGCUCAUAAAUUAUGUUUUUUUGUGUCGUAACCUCUAUUAUUUAAUACUUGAAUUUGCCAUUCGUCAUGGUUUACUUUGCUUGUUUGCGAGCAAUGGAAAGACAAAGACUAGUUGACAGCUACCAUGAAGUAAAAAAUGCUUUCCUCAACACUGGAAUUUCAUGGCGAACAUACGGUCUCAUUUCUUGCUUUGCUUUGAGCUCUUGGAUUACUGUAAACGGCAUUUGGUCUGAGCUACCAGUCAUCGUACUUUCAGCUCCUGAAAAAUGGCAAAUUGCUUCAUACACAGUUGUAAUAAUUCAACUUGGAUUUGCUGGUCCAUUACUUUUCUCGCUUGCCAACCGCUUGUGUCCGCGAAUUUUUAAUGAAAAGUUCACCAUUUACCUGCUAUUUAUUAUUGGCAUUCUUUCCUGCUUAUUUUUGGCAUUGUGGUACAAAGAAACGACGAUGAUAGACGGGAAAGCCCACAGUGUCGUGUUAAUGGUUUUGGUGUUUUUUUUGGCGUUAGUGGAUUGUACAUCGUCUGUGGUCUUCCUUACAUUUAUGUCGUUUUAUGAUCCGCGUUACAUCACAGCAUUAUACAUUGGAGAAUCCUUAUGUGGUCUUUUACCUGGUGUCGCUGCAAUUAUUCAAGGAUCACCAACCUGCAAUCAUUCCAAUCAUACAGGACAGAAUUCAACAUCUUUGCAUGAUGGCCUCUUGUUCUCAGGAUCAGUAUAUUUCAUCAUUCUACUGUUGAUGAUGCUCAUAUCGUGUGUAGCCUUCAUUUGCUUAAACACACUGUCUUUUGCUAAGAAAGAACAAUCAUCAGAGGUUAUGGUAGCAUCUGCUCUUCAGGAGGAAGACACAGAGGAUUUGAUUGAAGAGGCUCAUCUUGGUUUUUGCUGUGAUAGCUCGUGUUUAUCUUCUUCUCAAUUAUUGGUAUUUUUUUUCAUUCAAGCAAUUGUUUCUGGUUUUUCAUUUGGUAUUCUUCCAUCUUUGUCACCAUAUUCAUUUGAACCUUAUGGAGGACCCUCAUAUCAUUUAGUUUCUUCAUUGGGGCCAAUUUUGUCAUCCAUUGUUUGUUUCUUUACAAUUUGGUUCAAGAGUAAGUCACAGAAGACUCUUUUCUUGGUAUCAUUUGUUUUUAUCGCAGCUGCUACAUACCAAGUCAUUUUGGCAAGUGAAAGUCCAACACCAUUAUUAUACAAGUCUGAUGCUGGAGCUAUUCUUGCGGUGCUUUCAGGUCUUAUAACUGGUAUGUUUGGCACUUACAUUCGACUGACCAUAUCAGUUAUUAUGAGAGAGCAAAGUUAUCGAGCUUUGUAUUGGUGUGGUAUGAGCAUACAGAUUGGAUCUUUCAUUGGUGCAUUUAGUAUAUUUCCAUUUGUCAGUAUUCUACAUGAUUUUCAUGGAAAGAAAUCUUGUUGAGUCCUUAUCUAUUAUGGUACAGAAUGUCAAAGAAAAAUAAUUGGUGUAGUCAACAUAAUUAAAUUAUUUUGUAGUUGUCAUAAUUUUCGUCUUAACCUAUAUUAUAAAUAUAGUUAAACUAGAUCUUUUCUGAACUUCAUGUAAUUCCACAAACUGAAAUUUUAUAUGUGAAAGCAAGCAUCUCAGAAAUUGAUCCAGAUAUUUGUUGUUUGGCUCUGAUGGCCAUAUUUAUGAUUACUUAUAGUAAUGUUUUCAUAUGUUUGUUGACUCAUUUUUGCAAAUGUUUACUUUAGUCAGUUAAAAACUACUGUUCAUUUUCAGAUUUACACUUGUUGAAGUACAUAGUAAAAUUUAUUCUAUAAAAUAUGUAAUGGCAUUGUGAGAACGUGUAUGAAAAUAACUAAUAAAAUCAAAUUUUACAA